AUGGGUCUUCUAUCACUCGCCACGUCCUUGUUAGCGGUCAGCUCAACAGCUACCGCAGCUAGCCUAGCACAGCGCAGUGGCAACCAGAAGUUGACAUCAGCUGCGCAGAGCUUGUUUGACUAUUCUAUGGAAGUGUCAGACUCAAGGUUUGACUCUAGCUACGGAUACGUCUGGUACCAAGAUAAUGGUCAAUGGUCCAUCCGCUUCACAGCCUGGUAUAUCGCUGGUCUUUUGCAUCGUGGAAUGACCGAUGAUGUCAAGGCUGCUGUCAAGGCAAUUGAGAAUGUCCUGGCAAAUCAACUGAACAGCGAAUUUGACUCUGCCUGGUAUGGCACUUUCAAGCUCGCUCCAGAUGAGCCUGAUCCCACACCAAAUGGAACAUUGUAUCCUCCUUCAAUCUAUGGAUCCUAUGACCCCAAUUGGAGAGAGUUUGUCGGUACCCAACUCAUCCAAGUUGUCGAAGAGUUUGGCCAUCUUCUCCCCAAAGGCCUGGAGUCUCGCAUUGAAGACGCCCUCGAAGCAGCUGCAAUUGGAGGUAUGCGUCGCAACGGCUCUUUCCCCCAAGACGACAACUUGAUCCUUGGCUACUCCAACCCAGCUAUCAUGCGAACCCUCACAACAGGCUGGGUCGGCAAGCGCAAGAACAACAAAGAGCUUAUCAACUUUGCCAAAGAACAAGGCGAGGAUAUUUUUAAGCUCUUUAAGAAAGACGGAGAUGCGCUGGCCGAGUAUAACGCGCCGAAUUACUACGGCAUCGAUAUCUGGGCUCUUGCUGCGAACAUCGCCUAUGGACCCAAGGAGGACCCCAUGACCAAGAACGCAAAGUUCAUCUUGGAGAAAUUAUGGGACGAUAUUGCUGCUCACUACAACCCUUACCUUGGCAACAUGGUUGGACCCUAUGAUCGUGCAUACAGCCGCGACGCCAAUACUCAUUCCCAAAUUCUGUCCAUGGUCCUCUGGGGUCUCUAUGGCCGUGGAGUUGGAGGCCAGCCACCGCUCGGAGAAGGUGAUUUGUUGUAUGACGUUGCCCAAGGCGCAGCCAUCGCCAUGGUUCUCGACGUCGUUUCACCAACUGUCUCCAAGAAAGCUCAGUCUAUCAUCAAAUCUAAGGGUAAGUGGAAGGGCGAACGUUUUGUCAAGAAGACUAUCUAUGAAGAACUCGAGUCCAAGAACGCUCGCCAUGUUACAUCGUGGCUUAGCGCUGAGCUUAUGAUCGGCGGCCAAACUGUCGCUGAGGAGAAGAACAGGGGCAACCAAUACGUUCCUGCCAUUGUCCAGUGGGCUGCAGACCCCAAGCACAAGCCUUAUCCGUACAUGGGUUUCUUCUCUUUGUAUCCUAGCGCAUCCACCCUGAAUGCCGAGGCCGGACCCAAGUCCUUGACCGUGUCUUAUCCCAACACUACGCAGGAGGGCACUUAUAUCUUCACCUUCGCACUGACCGGCAUUCCACCUUCUUGGACUCUCGGUAACAAGAAUGUUGUCAAGGGUCUGGAGAAGUUGCCCUGUCUUGAUGUCAACGUCACUGCUCCAGGACUGGUGAAGCAGGAUGUUGUUUAUGGCGCUACACUGAGGAACCACUGGAUUUACAAUAUUUCGUAUGUAGUACCUGAAGGAUUCAAGGGAGUUCCCAAGGUGACUUUAGACAUGGAGUAUACUUGCUAG